AUGACCAGUCAAUCGGGAUUUCAAUGGUCACUUUAUCCUCUUCUUGCAAUCGUUGCUCUGUGUGAAUUCAUGUUGGGAGUUUGUCAUUUGACAUUAUGUAUGCCACUAUUUCCGUUUCUCAUCCCGAUAGUAUCUGGCGUGUUUGCACUAAUCACUGCGAUGCACGCUGUUUUUCUGCGUUAUCCAAACAGGGUCGAUUUCGUUCUACAAUGCUGCAGUGUGUGUAUUGCCUUCAUUCUCCUCGUCUCGUCUGGGAUGGAAACAUUCUGUGCGAUCAGCUAUGAGGAUGAGUCAGAGGAAAUGCUCACGAAUGGUCUCAAUGAUGAUGUGAAGUUUGCAUUUUCAGAGAGUUCGGAACGGAAUUUUGCAGCAGCAGUAUGCUACGGUUUGUGGUAUCGAUCAGUAGGGUAUCAGAGCUCAUGCAACGAACUCUUGAGACCCAUGCAUGAAUCUCUGAUUUCCAAACUUGGUCCUACAAUGCAUUUGAGCUCGAUGCGAUUCGCUAUCUCGUUGUCACUGACCGGGCUGGCGUCUCUUCAUUUCAUCGUUUGUAUAGCAUUGGCAUUUUACAGUGCAUACGAAACAUUAUUACUAGUUCGUUCCUAUCAUGUGCAACUGAUUGUCGCAGCACUGAUGCUACCCGCUGCUGUCAGCCAUCAUGAAUACUGUUGUACGUACUUCUUCAUCUGGCCAGGUGUUGCCGUAUUCUUGUGUGCCACUCUUCAGUCAAUACUUUCAUGGGGAUUCGACUGUCAAGGAUGUUGGGUUCGAACUCUGAAUGUUUUUGGUACAGCCAUAGGAAUGGCACUAAUAGCCAUAGCAUCGUUUGGUAUAUUUUGCACAAUCACAAGUUUAUUACUUCUGAUUUCCGAAACUUCUUCAAAUCGAAUGAACAAUCAGUCACGUUUUAGGGUAACCAGCGAUUCGUUUGCAUUUCAAAGGCACUGCGCUUGGCCUCCUCAGCAGUAUCGAUAUUGUUAUCGUGUGAUCGAUUUCCGUGAGCCAUACAAGAAUUGGGCACGGCAAAAUAUUGCUUCCGAAACGGCGGCCGUUCAGAUCUUCACCAAUAUAUGGCUUUGCCUUUGUGGAUUCGCUCAAUUUUUUGUUUCGCUGAAGUCCACCUUCAGCACUGAAGUGCUUCUCUGA